AACACUGCCGCCAGCUCAGGCUUCUGACUGGUUGGACCUUUCCUCUGCUGGUCUCCAGGAGUGGGUUACUCUUCAGGGAGACACAACAGUGGCAGGAGAAAGGUCUUACAGGGCAGCAAGGAGAUGCCACCUAAAACCAAAGACAGAGGCAUGAAAUCUGGGGCACAGAAGAAGAAAAAGAAUACUGGUGCUGAUGUGAAGGCUGACUCCAUACACAGGCUGGCACUGCUGGAGAAGGAGCUGCUCCAAGACCGUCUGGCUCUACAGAGGAAUGAGGCCCGCCAAGCCAAGGCUUCCGAAGAGCAGCUGAAGCAGAGGUUACAGGGACUGAAGGCUGAACUGGAUGAGGCCCGGAGAGAAGGGAAGGCCAUUUAUACAGAGAUGAGCCUUCGGUGCCAGAAGCUGCAAGAGAAGCUGGACACCCGCAGCAGCCAGCUGGAGAAAGAAUUGAGCGGCCUCAAAGAGGAGCUAGAAAUAUGCCAGAGGGAGGCCAAGGCUGCCCGGGAGGAGGCCGAACGGGCCCUGGAUGAGCGGGAUGGAACUCUAGCACAGCUUCGGACCCACAUAGCAGACAUGGAGGCCAAGUAUGAGGAAGUCUUACAUGAGAAGAAUUUGAAGAAACCACCUGUGAGGAAAGCUUCCAGUCUCCCUAGGGCUGUCUCUCCUUCCUCCCACCUGCCCACUGCCAGGGGUCUGAACCUGGAUGUCUACAGGGCAGCCUGGACCAGCUCUUGACCAAGAUGAGAGCCAUGAAGCCUCAGUGGGAUGAUGCCAUGCUGAGACUCCAUGCCAGGCACAAGGAGCAGCUCCGCAAGUUUGGACUCAAUCCCCUGGAUCUCUAAGGCUGUGAGUUACCAAGUCUCUGGGGCUCACUGGAGCUCUAGCAAUAAAGCCCUCUCAAUGUGGAACUCAACACAACAGUAGGCUGCGACUUUAUGAAAUGAGUAGAAAUGAGUAAGUCUCAUGGGAAACCCCCCCACACCUCUUUCUGGGCCAACCCAUUACCCCAAGGCUGAAUGGCAGGAGGGAACUUAGACAAGGGCUCACCCCUCUCCUAAGAAAGGUAGAUGCCACUUCCAAACCUGUAGAUAUAUUUAUUUUUAGGGCAGGAAGAUAGCAUCAUGGUUAUGCAAAAAGACUUUCACCUCUGAGUCUCUGAGGUCCCAGGUUCUUUCCCCCAUACCACCAUAAGCCAGAUCUGAGAAGUACUCUGGUCUCUCUCAUUAAAAUAAAAUGGUUUUGUUUGUUAGCAGAGCACUGCUCAGCUUUGGUUUAUGGUGGUGGUGGUGGGUGGUAUUGAACUUGGGACCUCUAAGUCUCAGGCAUGAGAGUCUUUUUGUAUAACCAUUAUGCAACCGCUGCCCCCAAAUAUUUUAUUCUUUAACCAGAGCACUGUUGGCCUUGAUGGCUCAUUGGUGGGAGGAAAGUCAGGCUUCGGGGAACUAACUGUGAGGCUGAGGUUGAGUGUGGUGUGGACUGCCUGUGAAAAAAUGGGUGCCUGGAGGUACAGUCACCUCUUCAGUCUCACCCACCAGGGGUUGAACAGGGGGUCUCCGUCUCCAGGAUUCUGUCCCCGUCAGUCUCCCCGCCACACAAAGACCUCCCCCACUUCUCUCUCUCUCACUGUGUGCCUGCUGAUAAUCUCACCUCCUCAUUCCCAAACUAGGGCUAGGGCUAACUACAAAGCAGGGAGCCCUGCACUAAACUGAAGUCAUUUUUCCUUACACUGAUAAAUUAAAGACCUAUUGGCUAUAUUGGAUAUGCACAAAUAAUACCUGGGGACAACAAAAGGAGAUCCCUGGGGGAAGUACAUGUGACAACAAUUAAUGGCAGUGAGUGUGACAAGACUAAAAUGGCCUAGGAGCAGAAGCUGCUGUACCCAUUUAAAGGCUUUCAGAAAAGGAGCUACUUAUCACCACUACAGCUUCUCAAUCAGCUGGACUCAGACCAAAAGCCAGAAUUAUGGGUGGCUUGUAGUAUGAGUGGCAGACUGUGGUCUCUAUUUAGAUGUGAAGAGGCUCUGUUGCUUGCCCUCACCCACAAACACCCUUCUUUCACUUAUAGACAUCAAUGAUGAGUAUUAGGUUGUGUAGUUGAAUAGCUAAUGUUGGGGUAUGUGAGUAGAGGUAAGUGAACUUUCGUUGGCUAGGGGUUGGUGAACUUUCAUAUGUGUGAGGGUUGGCCAGGGGGGAGCUCCCAUGGCAUGUGCUUGCUUUGCAGCAGAGGAUUUCUUUAGGUGGACAGCCUACUAUGAUCUAGUUAGGCCCAUCUAAGAAUGGGUUAAGAAGAAAAGCUAUUAGAUUUAGCUCCAGAGAAAAGUGUUUAUUCAUACAGAAGGUCAGAAGAGGGAGAUGGUCAAAACACAGUUGGUCAUUUCAAGGAAAAAUUGAGACUACUCCAGACCCUAGAAACUUUCAAGGGUAGAUUUAGACUACACCAGAUUCAAGAAACUUUCAAGGGGAGAUCAGGAUGCCCCAGACCUAGGGAACUCUCUAAGGAAAACAUACCUAUAAUAACAAUAAUGCUGUUUGAGGCUACUCCUGAUGUUAAUGAAAACAAUUAUACAUGAUAUCAUCUGUAUCCUUGAUGUGAAUGAAAAUAAUCUUAUAUAAUGUCAACUAUAUCCAGGCAAAAAGUGUUUAAAUAAUAAACCUCUGCACAGACGCCCCUCUCCUGCACCUGAAA